UAUAAAAUUAUUUUGACAGAAACGGUCUGCUAACGUGCUCAACCGGAUCGCUCUCGUCAGUCAGUCCACUGUCCGUCGUCUUCCUGCUCGCAACAAGUACCUGCACGAGAUUACGAUAAAAAACAAAAAUAAAUAAUAAAUACGUUUAACGGACGGAAAUUCAAAAAAAAAAAAGAACAAACGCGAAAGAGAAAAAAAAACGUGAGUACACCUAUAAUGCAUACCGUAUAAUAUACAACAUCGUAUCGCAAUCGUAUCAUCUGUCUGCUUUUAUUCAUAAUGGCGCGCGAACACACACGCAUUCUAUAAACUGUGUGUACGACUUGUACGACCGCACCGUAAACUAACUGUAUAAACAACACUGCAUGCGAUUUCGUUGUACCGCGCAAACGCAAAAUGUACAGCCCGUGCGUUUGCAUUUCGGGCGCGCGCUAAACACGCGAUGCGGCGAUUUUUUUUUUUUUUUUUCAUCUUCGGGUCGGAACGUGUUUCCGUUUUCAAAAAAACUCGACGGUAACGCGUAUCGCUUCUUGACCGAAACGAUUAAUGGGCAGCACUCGUACGCUCUUCGGAAAUUUCGUAUCGACUCGGUUGGUGGCAGGAGUAUAAUAUCGCCGUGUUAGCGGCAACUGAUCAAAUUAUAAAAAAUUACUGCACUGAAAUUAGUAGAGAAACCGAAGACCCGAAUUACGGUAUCGCUCCUGUAUCGGUGACACAAUAGUAUUGCAACUCGAAAACCCGGGCUUUAAGGAUUUCACGCGUUUUUUAAAUAUACCCGUUAUAUUGUGUAACGGUCCUAUUGUAUUUUAUCUUUUAUAAUCACAAGAUUGUAAAACAAAAAUUAAAAAAAAAAAAUUAAAAAAUAUAUUAUUUCAAUAAGAGAUAAAGAAUUACCGUGCUGAUUGUGAUUAUUCCUUACUGCAUACGUAACGUGUUGUUCUGUUUAAAAUGAAUUGUUUUCACGCCAAUUUUCUAGAAAUUAAAACGACCAGUACUCAGAAACUAUUGAUCGGAUAUGAAUAUGUGGUGGGCACAUUGACAUUUUUUAAAUAAUAAUUUUUACAAAAUGGUUGUUUUGAUAACUUUGAAAAGUAAAAAAGUAAAAAGUAAUUUUUUUACAGUGAUUAAGGGAUGAAUAAACGUUAUAUUUCUCUAUACGUGUGUCCCACUGACCCGAAACCCGAAUAAAAAAAAAAAAAAUUAUCAAAAACUAAUAGAUUUAUAUAACGUUCAUAUAACACUGUAGGACACUCUGUAUAAGUUUAAAACGAUAUGCAAAUAUUCCGCUGCGGGUCCAGAAAAUUGAAAUCAAUCGUAUUUUGUUAUUUUAAUUACAAACUAUUUUAUUCAAAUCGUUAAUUCAUUAAAUGGACAUUGGAUAUUAUAAUAUUAUUACAUUGUCGUUUCGUAGUAAAAUCAAUAAUUUUAAAUUCCAAGCGGACCUGGGGUUUUCAUCAAAAACACUUUAUGCCGUAGUAAAAUACAUUCAAUGAAUUUGGUGCAUCUAUAAUUAGUUACAGGAACUAAUUACAGGGAUAAAACAUAGAACGCGGCUGAUAUUUUGGAAGGGACAUAAUUUGUAAUGCGUUUUUAAUGAAUACUCACCAUAAGAAAAAAUGAUCAUAAAAUUUCAAUUAAAUAAUCUGCUCUGUAAAACAUUUUUAAUGUAAUAAUUUUCGCGUUGAAACUUGAACACAAUAAUAUAAUAAUACUCUUGCGCUAAAUAUUAUUGAACGAGAUAAUAUUGGCCUAAAACAGAAUCACCGUCCUGUUUUUUUUCUUUUCAAAUUAGUAUCGAAAAUAAUUAUUCGCCGCACUUUCAAACAGACCCCUAACCUGCUACAACAGUAUAAAACGCUAACCGUUUUUAUGUAAAAUAACAAUAAUUUUCAUUUUUUUUUCCGCUUAUAUCCAUCCCGGUCGGUAAACCUUUAGCAGCCAAUUUGAUUACGAGCUAGUCUUUAUAAAAAUCGUUACAAAAUAAAAUAGUUUCAAAAUGUAUCCCUAGAAAUGUGUUUGUUUAAUCGAACUAAUAACGUUCAUCAUUUGUUUCGUUUAGUUUGAAAUGGUUUAAUCGGCGUAAAUUGUAUCGCUAAGAGUGCGUUGACACACGCGUGUGCUGUCUCCGUCUCACAACCGAGCGACAUAGCAAAUUUUCGUUCAACGGGGACAGUGCUGUCGGUUUUAAUAUUACAGUUAAUCGAUCUAUUGUAAAAUUUAAAUACAAGAAAAUUAUCUUUGCCGCGUCCGUUUUUUUUUUUUUUUUUUUUUUUCGUAAUUUUAAUUUUUAAUCGAGAUAUAUGCAUUUGUGAUAUUUCACACAUUCGAAUCCCGCUCGAAAAUUAAAAUUAAGAAAAAUAAACGACAACGCGACACAGAUUCGUUCUAAUAUUAAAACCAACAGCGCAUAGUUGUAUUUGCUGAACGAAAAUGUAUAGUGUCGCGCGGUCGUGUUAGUCGGUGGCAAUGCGUGCGGGUAUAACCUACUCUUAAUGAAACAGAUACGUCAACAAGCAUUGUCGGUGUGUUAACAUAAUAUUGUAAUCAAACAGUCUUUCUCGAAUUGUUUUAUCACUUUCUCUAUAAUAACGUAAAUCUAUAACAGCUAUAUAAUAAUGUAAACAUGACCGCAACCUUGAGGCGACGACCGUAAUAUAUGAUACGAUUUUCAAAAGGAAACCGAGUAAACCAAUCAAACCAUCAAUACGAUUUUCUACAAUAAUAAUAUAUUUGCAACAACAAUUAAUACAGGUGUAAUACUGUCGCAUGCAUCGCUUGUUGGUUCUAAACCACAUUCUUAUAGGUACCUGCAACUCUCACUGCAACACCGCGCGUCAUUGAUUUUUAAAAUCGUUUCCUCUUUUCUUCGAGUUACCAUUAAGUAUAGGUAGGCAUGUAGUAUUACUGUAUUAGGUACUUAACCGUGUGUUUAAAAAUUAUUGGUAAUAGUAUUUCGUUGCGUAAUCUGUAAACGGAUACGAGGCGUUAAGUAUAUUUUCGUAUUUUCACGAAUGUGAUUUGUGGGUAGUCGUCGCACGAUUGAAAUCUCUCUACAUUACAGUUACCGCCUAGCCGUAAGUGCGCGGGGACUAUAAAUGUCACACAUACUAGUGCAUUGUAUGUAUGUAGUGUACUCGUGUAUACAUUCUCAAAGUUUAAUUAGCUCGUACUGAAAACUAUUAUAAGAAAUAAAUCCAUUCUUCCCUGGAAUCGAAAACACAAUGGAAGUUUUUAUAUAUCUCGGGCGCGAACGUGAUUCACAAGACCGAAUCCCGCAGGAGCCGAAUUUCAUACGGCCGACACGAUACAGAGCCGAAUUCAAAAUUGACCGAAAAUUCUAUAAACUACCUAUGUUGAUUUAACAGGAUUACAAAAUCAUCAAAAUUAAAACACUCUUCUUGCUCUCGAAAUUAUUUUUCCCGUUAUUUCUACAUGCACAGACAAAAAGUAAUAUUGCAAUAUUGUGUUACAGCGUAUUUCACGAAUAAUUUGCGACGGUUUCACCCGAGUUAACUUUUCGUUUAUACUUACAAUGACCGUUUCCACAAUCAGGCGGUUUGUCCGCCACGUGGUUAUGAUUAGAAACUUUUCCUCAGAUCUCAUAUGUUUCUCAUUUGUAUACGAAUUGUAACCGUUCGGAGCGUUACAAUCGUCAGAAUCACUAUUUUUCUUCUUUUUUGCGAAUACGUAUUACACGUUCCUUAACUACUGUACAUCGGCAGAGCUUCGUAGAAUAUUUUUCCAAAUCAAAAUACUACAACUGUACAUAUUAUGCGCUUACUAUGUAUGUGCUUACCAAUCGGCCGAAAACACAUAACGCGCGUUAUUCUAUUGAUUUUCGUUCCAUAACAUAUUAUUAUAGCCGACGUUCUCUUUUUUCAAAGCGCCCGCUAAACUUAUAGUCAAUUAAUUUUACACAUUUGGUUUUUUUCUUUCUUCGUUUCUACAGACCGCCGAUGUACGUCAACAACACGCGUUAACCCGUACGUACACUCGGGGUGUUGAUUGAUUGUUGUGCGCGCCUGUACUUAUUAUCUAUUGCCGCGCUCGUGAGUACCUAAUUGAGUAGUUCGUAUAUUUAUUCGAAGGUUACAAAACACCGUCGUCGCAUCAUCGGACGCAUCCUAUAGGUAUAUACCUACACGAAUGUACCGCGGCUAUAGAUCGUGACUAUAUUAUGGAAUCGAUGUCAAUUAUUAUACAACAGUUUUCUCAUGCCCCGACGAUGACCCACUAAAUACGACGGGGGGAAAAAAAAAAAAAAUCGCUCAUCCAGUGAAAUUCGACGAGUCGUUGUUCGUUAAUAGAUGAUCGGCUUGCGGGACGGUCGCGUGUGACGUGAUGACAGAACGGAAUUAAAUUAAUUGUACGACGCGUCAUGUUCGAAAGGGUAAUUAAUCAGUUUUAAAUUCUUUGGCAAGCACACGGUAUAAGAGCGUGUAUUAUAACGAACUUGUGGCGGCCUUGUCGAUCCGCGGUGAUUUCAUCACUGAUUCGCGGCAAUAACAACGCAUAACACGAGAAAUGUUCGUUUUGUAUAGCAAUAUAAUUGUACGACAGAGAAAGCACUGAUAAAUACAUUAUACAUUUGUCGGAAUUAGCAAGGGGGAGAAAAAAAAAACACUUCUUGAAGAUGAAACGUUUUAGAUAUCGUUUGCGUUCAGUGUACACGCGUUAUUGUUAUACGAUAUAGUUUAUCAAUAGAUACACGCGCGGAAAUCUCUUAAAUCGCGUACCUAUCGCAUAACAUCAUAACAAUUUGAAAAAUGUCCAUCAGUUGUUGUUUGAUCGAGUAAUUUUAUUUAAAAUAUAUUAGUAUAGGUAGAUAGUUCCUAAGAGGGUCCGACUCAGACGGGUUCCGACAUGCGACAGUAAAUAUGAUGGCGAUAAAAUUAAAACUCAUCGUUAUAUAAAUUCGAUUUUCGUUGUUUUUUGUUUUGAUUCAAUGAGAAAUUUGUUGGUUUUAUAAUACGGUGUGCGGUUUUUUUUUGUGUCUGAAAAACUUUUCUACCAGAAAUCUUACUACGAUUUUCAAGUAAAUAAUCUUAUUUCCUGAAAGCCAUUUGUGUCUUAUUGGCGCAUUGAAGAGGUCGUUUUUUUAAUUUCCUUAAAAUUGGGAAAACUGAUGGGAAAAAACAUUGGAAAAACGGAAAAAUUUAAGAUAAUAAUGAUUUUACUAUUUUCGAUUUAGUUUUAGAUUCUGAGAGCAGUAAGGAUGUAUUGGUCUACUGGUUUUACUAUGAUGUAUGUAUUUUUUUCUGGCUGUUAAUGAUUUGAAAAUCGUAAAAAUUACGGUAUUUCGAAACGUGUUUAACGAAUGUUUUUUUUUGUAAUUCAGUUGAAAAUAAUCGUACACAAUUACAAUUUUCACAGUACACUUAUAUAUUAGAUUUUUCUGGACGUAAAUUUUCAAAACAUUUUUUUAUUUUUUUUAUAAACUUUACAAUCACAAGCGUCCACGUAUGCACGCGCCAAACAACUUUAUAAUAUAUAUAUAUAUAUAUUCAUAUACGUAUGUAAGUAUAACAUUCUCAUUGUUGUCUGUUUUUCAUCGUGAUAACGUCGUAUGUAUAAUAUUAUAUAUUAUUAUAUGAUCUCGCGACGUAUAUUAUGUUGCCGUCAAAUCUCGUUUGUCACCGUAAUAAUAAUAUAUUUACUAUUGUAUACAUAUAUAGCGGUUUAUUAUUCUUGAUAAUUUCUCAUAAUAAUGUGGUGUUCGUGGUGUGCACGAUAAUAAUAAUAGUAAUAUGAAUACUGGCGAAAUAAGAUUCUAUAUAACCAGAAAUCGGCGUUUAGAAUACAAAUUACAUAAUAUUAUUCUAUAUCAUUCGCCUCGUCGUAUGUCUUUAUAUACGUAGAUAGUGAAACUGCGCAGUUCACAUUUUCUUAAACAAAUUCUAGGAAAACGUGACUAUAAAAAGGAAAAAAAAUACGUUCCGGAGAAGUAGGUAUACGAAAAAACAUGUUUCGAAUUAUGUACGUAUGAUAAUACCAACCAUACUACUAUAAAUAAUACCGAAAUUAUUAUAGUUAUGUUUUAUACGUUUCUGAAUGAAAAUAAAAUUCGGGUUACAAUACUAUAAGUUACCAUAUAGGACCGGGCUUUAGAACCGGGCUUAAAACCGCAGUAAUUCUAGAACAUGCAAUUCAUCGUUAGGACAAAAUUAAACAUGCUGACAUCUAGAAAACUCACGAGCCACGGGCAUAUUUUAUUCGAUAAACUAUAUAAGUAAGUAGGCAUCUAUCUCCGUAUACGUCGUGCUCGGUUCCUGUAAUGUUCGAAAGGUUCACAUAAAUUAUAAGCAUAAUAAUAUAGUUAUAUAUUUUCGUACCGCGUAUUCCGACAAAUGUAUGCAAAUUUUUUGAAUAUUUUUACCCUAAACAGUAUACAUAAUGCAAUAUUAUUAUACAGCAGCUGGGUGCACAAAAUUAUAUAUUAUUAUAAACGUGAUCCGACCGUAUAAUUUGUAUGCGAUUAUAAUAUUCGUCGGAUAAAUUGCAACAAAAACGUGGCGUUGGCGUGUGCCAACAGAUAUAAUAAGUGCAUCGUUAGAAAUAUUUUCCAACCGAAACCCGUCAGCCCGGAGUCGGCAUAUUAUUAUAUUAUUAUGUCAACCCGCGGAAAUUUCACGGUAAAUAAUCGUAAAAAAAUGCAAAAAACAAAAAUAAAAAAAAAACCUAUAAAUCCGUAAAAUUCAAUGAUUACACGUUAUUAUAUUAAAAUAUUACGCACGGUAACGUGUAUAUACACACGUGUAUCUUGACACAUGUAUUAUACUACUAUGUUUCAUAAAUACAUACAUGCAGUUUUACUGUACAAAUAAGUGUUAUCGUUGUAUUGUUAAGACUUAUAAAGAGGCAAAAUUAACCUGACUUCGUUGGGACUCACACUCACAAUAUCUGAGCGGUGAGAGGUCGCGCAGUCCAAAGAGUCGAUUUCUUUAUUUUGUCCGUAGUCAUAAUUCUAACUGUCUGGUUACUAUUACUAUCCUGCUGUCGUCGACACGCUGUGAUUAUUUUCACAUUUGUAAUGAGGAGCUUGACCGCCCCUUAAAUUUCACCUAUAUGUAAUGCAAUAUAACAUGUAUUCUUCUUCCAGUCGUCUUCAACCGUUUAAUCCGUUCACCGCGGUUCCUUGCGCGUUUAAGCUCUAUAAAUAUACUUAUUAAUGUUUGAUCACGAUUUGUUUUGUGUACACCACCAUCCUCGAUCUUUCUCUUCCGAUAUGACCGACCGCAUCGCCUUCUACACGGCGCAUUACGUUCGGGUGCCACGACUAAGCGGACGCUCCACAUCGUUCUGUCCCUUCUGACUCCCUAUGGCCUAUGGCAAUAUGUUCGUUUUUCCAUCAUUCUUCGUCCGUUCUAAUUCCUGUGCAUUUGAUUGUACAUACUGUAAUACUGCGUAGCGGUCAUAAUAGCGUAACGGUUUUUUACAGUACCUGCAGCAUGAAGACUUUGACGGUAUUCUGCGCGGCGGCAGUCGUGCUUUUACACACGCUGUACGUCUCGGCGGCCGGCGGUGACCGUCCGCAGCAGCAGCUCCCGCUGUUCUUCCAGGCCGGUCGGCCGUUCAACGCGCCCGGCGCACCCCUGCCCAAGUUCGUAGGCAUCGCGGGCAACCAGCAGCCGCAGGCGUUCCGCUCGUUGCCGCCGCAGGUGGACGAGGAACAGGACGACGACGAACAGCAGCACAACGAAGACGAACCGCACCAACGCAACGUGCUCGCCCCUACCCCGCUGCCGUUCAGACCGCAGCCGACGCAACAGGUGAGACGAAGACGAUUUUAAUUUUUUUUUUUUUUUUUUUUAAAUUUUAAUUUUCCUGUAUACAAGUUUCCGUCGACGUCACGUCGUCGGUCCGUCGUGCAUUUCCAGUCGAUCGUGACCGGCACAUUAUUGUUUGCCUGUCGGUCAUACCCGCCAUAUACCGCGGUUACGCACUCCGAUAGUCACCGGCUAAUACGUCAUCGUAGGUUAUUAACGGCGACGGCCUCGCGUCGGUUAUACUAUUUCGUUUCGGUUAGGUUUGUUUCCCCGGGUAAACCGCUUCGCCGUAAUACGCGUGUUGUACAACGCAGCGUGCCUGCGCAAUCGAGGCUCGUUAUUGAUGGCGCGUAAUGAAUGGGCUCCGCGUCGUCCGCCGCGGACCGACGACGGACGACGCGAACGGAACGGGAAAACGAACCGCGCGCGGCCCGCCCCGUUAAUAAUGUUCCCGCGACGCCGCCGCCCGGGCCCGUCGGUUUCAAAACGCGUCAUGACCCGCGAGUUCGACACCAGACACAUGACCGGCGGCAACGGUUUCGCAACGGCAGGCGCACCAGGGCCGCGGCGCGCGCGUUGAUAAUCGCCAUCGGUUGGCCCGACGCGUCACUCGCGGGCCGGCAGAUUCGUCCGUCCGGUAUGUUCCCGUUGACGGGGAUCGUGUGCGGCAGGAAACGAUUUUCGACCAGGCCAGUUCCACCGAAAACGACUGAAUCGAAUACAACAACCGUAGUGCUGAGGUGAAAACGAAUUGCCGUCGCCAUCGAAGUUUACGUGAAACGCCGGCCGUGCCGACGUCCCAUUUGAUAUUGAAAUAUUGAACGACAGUCCUCUGGGAAUGUUUUAGAUUCUGAACGAAACGAGAAAUGUAUUGAUUUUACGAUUUUGUUGUUUGUGCGUGUCUGUAAACAACUUGUCUACCAGAAAUCUUAUUCCAGUCAAAAACUUUAUAGGAACUAAUUUGUUUGUAGCCGUUUUCGUCUAUAGUCGGUGCCAUUUUUUACUUUCCUCGUAAUUUUUUCGAUAAGUGGCGAUAAAUUGUUUGUGCAAUUUCCGUUCAUCUCUGGGUCGCAACGAGAAAAAAAAAACACGGCUAAUAACGUUCUUCUCAGAAUCGUUUCCCCCCCCCUCCCCCGUUAUUAUUAACGGUUUAUCGUUGAUGACAGAUACAAAUUAAAUACAUACGUAUACAUCCUCCCUUCCGAAUUCCUUCAUUAAUAACAACGGUCCGACCAAUACCGGGCCUUUUUCUCGUCGACGGCGUCCUUUUAUUAACGAACGUUAUUAUUAUAUUUAUCAGUUCAAUCAGUUCCGCGCGUCUCCGUCACCGUCCCCGCAAACCUUGCAGCCGAUCCGCAUCAACAGACCGACCGCCGAAACGCCGAACAGACGACCACCGCCUCCGCCACCGUCCCAAUACAAAUCGCUGGCCAGCCAACCUUUGUCGGUAAGUAACAUCGCCGAGUGUAUGAUUUCUUUUAAAUUUUUUCAUCACAAUCCACGUUAUUGCACGUUAUAACCGUGCCGGCGGCGUGUCGUGGUAAAAAAAAAUAAAAAUAAAGGGGGCGAGAAAACAACACCGUCUCGGAUAAUUACACGUAUUCGUACGCGUGUUGUUGUACAACGACAAUACGGCACGAUAUGGGUCGUGUAGGUUAGGUCGGGCAUUCAACCCGGGCUCGUGUUAGACUUUGGUUUUUAUUUUUACGAGCGUUUUCCAGACAAUUUCUACACAUUUUCCGUACACGGCGAUAAACCGUAUGACAAUAAGACAUUUCUGAAAAAUGAUGUGUGCGAAAACAAACGAAAACAAAUAAACGCGCAUUUUAAAAUAGUUGAUAAGAUUAAUUUUAAACACGGUGCAGACACGCGAAUUUUUUCAAUCGUCACUUUUCGUUACUAAUAUUAAACUGAAUUCGUAAGUACCUGUAUAAUAACACAGCGAAACGCCGAAGUCGUUAUAGUUAUAUAAUACAUCAAUGCGAUGAGUGGUUUUCUAAAGCGAGUCGCGGAGACUACAAACGAUAAUAAAUUUCGUAAUUCGCAUUCUGAUAAACGAUUAGCUAAUAUAGUUUGAUUUUUUCAUACAGUUUUUUUUCAAAAAUUAUAUGUUUCCGCGUUGAUUUCUAGAAUUUUUUUUUUUUUAAGAACCGGUUAUGUAAAGCGGUUGACAUUCGGCAUAAGAUGUUAUAUUAUAUUCCCAUAACUAUGUUAUGUUACCUAAAAAUCGUUCUGUUAACGAAAAAAAAAAAUGAUUUUAUAUAUUAUUCAGUAUCAGUGUCCGAAUGUGGAAAAUAAUUAAUUUAGUAGGAUCUCAUACUAUAGAAAAAACCCAACGGAGAAUUUUGUUUGUGUGUUUGGUAAUCGUUUAGAUCCAUAAGAGCGCUAAGAGUUUUUUGCAGUGAUUAUGUCGGUUUUUUUUUUUAAUUAGCUCAAUAGUUAUAUAGUUAUGAUUACUUAAAAAUAACACUAUACCAUAACUCUUGAUAUCAUGUGCAAAUAACUCGUCUCAAAAAACUACGAACUAUGAUUUGCUUUGUAAAAUGUGUUUGCACAGAACUAUACAAUAACAUAGUGCAUACAAGAAAUGCCGACAAAUUCAUUUGAUAUCGUAUUCGCUCCCAAUAUCGUAAAAUAUAUUCAAUUAGACGAAAUCGAAAAUUUCCUAUUUGAACUUUUAAUUAAUUAAUUUUAAAUUUCCUAUUUUAAAUUUGUCCUAUUUGACAUUGGUCGAAAUGGCUGAAAUGAGUUUUGCAACUGAAAACUAAGAAUUAGGCUGGCUCGGCAAGGAAUGCCGCGGAAUGUGCAGUGAUAGAUCCGGAUCUUCAUUUUCGGGGGGGAAGCAAAACCAUGUGCGCCAAUGAAAAUUGAUACUUAUUAUUUUACCGCAAUAUAAGAAGAAAUAAAACUAUACUACGGUAUUUUUGGCCGGCGGGGGGUGGGGCGAAUUACCAUAUUACCUCCCUGCCAGAGCAUGCAACCCCCUAUGUACGCGUGUGUAUAAAUCGCAUAUUCGGGUUAUGUUGGUACUCAAUAAUUAUUAUUUAAUUUCAUUGUUUCAAUAAAACGGCGUCGAGAAUAGGCAAUUCUGGUGUUGUUAUGUGUUGAACGUUCCAAUAAAAUAUACCGUUUCACGUAUAAUUUGUGUGGAAAUUACGUUUUGUUGCACAGGAAGAAGCUCAGGAGUUAGAAGAAGAAAAAGAAGAAGAACCCGACCGUCUUACCCAACUGUUGCCCCAAUCGAAAUUCACGUGCGGCGACAAAAAAACCGGUUAUUACGCUGACGAGGGUCUGGACUGCGAAGUGUUCCAUUACUGUCAGGACAGCGCCAAACACUCUUGGAUUUGUCCGGAAGGUUUUGUUUUCCACCAGGUCAGUGCAGCGGAUGGUCGCAUUAAUAAUAUUAUUUUUCAAGGCGUGUAAAAACUCCAAACUUGGCCAAUUAUUUUAUAUUCCGUUUUUCGUGUGCAGGUGCAUUUGAUCUGUAUGCCGCCCAGCAGCGAAAACAUUUGCAAACAAUCGACGCAGUACCACUUCGUCAACGACUUUCUGUACAGACCACUCAACACGCAGGAGUUUAAUUCAAGGCCCAACGUAACGAUACGGUACGGCGACAGGUACUACCCGGGCAGCAGUUUCGAGGCCGAAGAAGAAUACGGCGAGGAAGACGCGCCGCAGCCGCAGCAAAGGCCGCAGCAGCAGUUCAGACAACAGCCACAACCGGUCCUUAGACAACGGAUCCAACAACAGCAGCAACCGCAAGCCACGCAACAACAUUCGCUGUCCACGCCCCGUCCGGCGCUUUUACAGCAACAACAACAACAACAACAACAACAACAGUUUGCCAGACAACCGUCGCCGUCCCCCAAUCAGGUGUUCCAUUCGUCCGAAGAGGUGAACAUUCCAUUGCAACAGAGGCGGCCGGUCGUAUUGCAGGCGCAAAGACCCAACUUCCAGUUGCAACAGGCGCAGCAACAGCAACAGCAGCAGCAGCAGCAACAACAACAACAACAACAACAACAGAACGAAUUCGACUUUAGGAGAAAGUAGAUAACGGACAUUUUCGUCAGUGACUAAAAGGGUCUCAUAAUUGACCGACAACAAAAUAAUUAUGACAAAUAGUAUUUAUCAUUUUUUUUUAUUUUUUUUUCAAAGACAUUAGAGUAAUCGUCACUCUGUUGUGUAUAUAUUAUUAUUAUUAUUAUUAUUUUUUAUUUUUUUUAAAAAAGUAUUUUCUUACGACUAUACGAAAUUUAAAUAUUAAAUGAAACAUUUGUAUACGAAGUUAUUAGAAUUAAUAUAAUAUUGUCGUUACAUAAUAUUACUCUCCCUAUUUCGAGAACACGCGAUGAUUCAAUUAAAUUUCCAACCUCGGAAAAUCCAAUCACAAAACCGAAAUAUCCUCUCUUUUUCAGCCCUAUCACCCACUUAAUAUUCUAGCACCCGUAAUCAUAGUUAACCGUUAUUUACAACUUUCUAGCCCGUGAAAACCCCAAUAACUGAUUAUAUUAAUAACAGUUUUUGUUUUUUUUUUAUCUUUCGUGCCACUAAGAUAUCCAACUCUAAUAAAUCAACUAACUACAAAAAAAAGUUUUCGAUUUUUGUUCCCAAAAUAACAAAAACCCUGUGUCCGCCAACCUUUAGGGGUUCGAUUUCGUAAAUCCGGCAUCGAGGUGCACAACACCUUGAUUGGUCAAAAUAUCUUCAGAAAAACAUAUCUCCUAGACGAAAUAUUAUAUCCUAAAAAAAUUAU